AUUUUUUCGAUUUUUUCAAUUUUUUUUAUUUGUUUGAGCUUCAAUUCAAACACACAAGCAAAAAGCAAAGCAGCAAGCAGCGACUUUAUCUCCCGCUUCCUCAUUGCGAUCAUGGCGUCUGGACUCAUGAAAAUCGACCCAGAGCAGCUGUACGAGCGCCAGGAGCGCAUCGGCAAGGGCUCCUUUGGAGAGGUAUUCAAAGGAAUCGAGCGCACUUCGCGGAUGCCCGUCGCGAUUAAAAUCAUCGACCUCGAGGCGGCCGAAGACGACAUUGAGGACAUCCAGCAGGAAAUUGCGCACCUCUCGCAAUGCGACAGUGCGUAUGUGACGCGGUACUUUGGGUCGUACUGCAAGGGGCCGCAGCUGUGGAUUAUCAUGGAGUACCUCGGCGGCGGCUCGGUGCUCACGCUGCUCAAGCCCGGCCCGAUCGACGAGGUUCACAUUGCCAUCAUUAUGCGCGAGAUGCUCUUUGGCCUGGACUACCUCCACCAGAAUGGCAAAAUUCAUCGUGACAUCAAGGCCGCCAACGUACUGUUGUCGAGCGACGGCCAGGUCAAGCUGGCCGACUUUGGUGUCUCUGGUCAGUUGACCUCGACCAUGUCCAAGCGCAACACUUUUGUUGGCACUCCGUUCUGGAUGGCACCUGAGGUCAUCAAGCAGUCUGGUUAUGAUUGCAAGGCUGAUAUCUGGUCGCUGGGCAUCUCCGCAAUUGAAAUGGCAAAGGCUGAGCCACCACACGCAAACAUUCAUCCUAUGAAGGUACUCUUCAUCAUUCCCAAGGACCCUGCUCCAGUGCUUCACGGCAUGUUUACGAAAGCCUUCAAAGAGUUUGUAGCACUGUGCUUGAACAAGAAUGCUGCCGAACGUCCUUCGGCGCGAGAGCUGCUAAAGCACCGUUUUAUCGUUCGCGCAAAGCGAACGCAAUAUCUCCAAGAACUAGUCGAGCGAUAUCAGCAAUGGGUGGCUGUCCAGGGCGAACAAGAUCACGGCGACUCGACCAACGCUUCAAGUGCUGCAACCGUCGACGCGGAUGAAGAAGCCUGGAUUUACGAAACAGUCAAAACAAUGAAACAUCAACGCAAGGCUGCGCUACAACGACAAGAUAGCGACUCGACCAUGUUGGGCGAUGAUAGCUUGGCAGGUGGAUUGCCAAGACCUUCAGGCACCGACAAGAGUUCCAUCUAUUCGACAAUCAACUCGCGCACUGAAAACCCGACGCUUAGCGGCGCUUCGGCGAACACGACAGGGAGUGCAGCUUCCGGCACACCCUCAAACACUAGCGAUGCUGUUGAUGUCAAGACUUCAUCAUUGAGCGCACUCUCGGGACUGCUUCUUCCUUCGAUCGAGGCGCUGAAGGGAGAAUCGACCGAAGGCAACAAGGCACUCGUGUUGCUCGCCGAAGCCUUGCAGCGGGCGGAAGCUGCCCAACCAGGUGUGGCAUUAAGUCUGGUCGAUCGGAUAGCAGACCAGGCAGCCGGCGUAACGCUGCGUCGCAACGGUGUCGUCACUCCCUCCACUGCCCCAAGCGGCACGUUUGCUACCACAAGCGGCAGCACUGCGGCCAAUGUCCGAGGCACUGCAGAGUAUCUUUUUGCGCGCUGGAUGAACAAGUGUGUUGAGGUGGACGGCAAGGCUUUCAAGUAGCCAAAAUGGAUAUGGUUUUUGAGAUUGCCGCGUUCCUGUGACGUCGGCUUCACCUUGCAUUUGCGGUUUUUUUUGCGUGUGUAUGUGUUUUCUCUGAUGUACUGUGAUGAGAUGCGUAUUUUCCCCCCUCUAGUUUCUUGCCAGCUUGGCCUGAUGACAAACUCUGAAAUGGAGAACAAAAAAAAAAAAAAAACGC